AUGGGUUUCAGGGGCGUUGACACCAAGACCUACUCGGUCCUGCGAAGAGAUUCCGGCGGCGAGGAAGGAGGCGGACUCAUCCAGAGUCUCAAAAAGAACGCAAAGGACGACGAAUUGGAAGGGCCAUGGCCACUAGUCCAUCCUUGCCGACAGCUUAACAGCUGGGGCCUGAUCUUAAUCGCGGGAAAUGCCAUAUUAUUCAUUCUGUCCCUAGGUACAAUAGCCAUCGCCUACAGGUAUAGUAGGAAUCUUCUGAACAACGAGGGAAAUGCUCUGCUGAAACGGAUUGAUGCGUACUUGUAUAACGAGAUACAAGUUGACCUCGUCGAUAUGACCAUCAACGGCUCGCUACUGAAUUCUGGCGACUCCAUCUUUCAACAGCCUCCAUCUCCCGAAGUCGACGCAGCAUGGGAGGCAAUCACUCACCAGUAUCCGCACGUCAUCACCACAGAGGAUGUCAUACGACUAGGAAAAGAUCCGACACGCACAGCGCGAUGGCCGGAAGACUGGGGAUUCGGACCGGAUGCUCAUACUGCCGAGCUAGACAUUAUACACACGGUUCAUUGUCUCAACGCAGUACGGCGCGAUGUCCACUGGCGGCACUACUUUGGCGAUCGAUAUCCCGAUGGCGAGUUCCCGGAGUUACAUCGUGUACACACUGAUCACUGUAUCUACAUCGUUCUGCAGAAUCUCAUGUGCAGUGCCAAUGCGGACAUCAUCACCAACGUGUGGGUCGAGGGCCAGUUGCACCCCUUCCCGGAUUUCAACGUCAACAAAAAAUGCCGCAACUACGAUGCUCUUGUUGAUUGGCACCAUCGUACUCAAGUUACAGACAUGGAUAAUUAUCUUGCCAUGCGCAGACCCAAGGGUCAGGAGCCUUGGAAGAUGUCGGACGACUUUCACCGGAAAUUCCAGACGGGGCUCGAACGUGGGCACUCUGAUGAUUGA